GUUGACUAUUACAGUAACAGAAGAAGAAGAAGAAGAAGAAUGCAUAUAUUUUAUAAGUAGAGUGAAUAGUAAGAAACACAUUCUCUAGCCAUGUUUAAUGUCGGAGAAACUUCCAAUGUGUCCAAAAACUCCCCUGUCAUUACAUGCUGAUUAACAGCUGUUGCAGAAUCCAAGACCUCACGAGCUCUCCAUAAUUAAUCUAAUCAGAUCAAACCCAUUUCUUUAGUUAUUUAUUAUAUAUUACCUACUCCUACUCAAUAACCACUCUUUAAUCUUUUUAUUUCUUUCCAUAUUCCUUUGUCACACUAAAGAUACUUUUUUUCUUUCACUAAAAUGGAGUGAAAAUGGCAGCGUACUAAGGGACUGAUACUCAAAAAUGCGGAAGAAGAACAAUAUGCAGUUGAAAAUCCUGAUCUUCUUCUUCUGUUCUUGCAGUGUUUUUUGUGCUUUUAGCUCUUCUGCUGCUUUAAAUGAAGAAGUAUCAGUUCUGUUAUCUAUAAAAGCUAGCCUUUUAGAUCCACUAAAUAAGCUUCAAGAUUGGAAAUUAUCCAAUACUUCUGCUCAUUGUAACUGGACUGGAGUGCGGUGUAACUCCCAUGGAGCUGUUGAAAAGCUUGAUCUUUCCCACAUGAAUCUCAGUGGCAGUGUACCAGAUGAUAUCCAUAAGUUACAAAGUCUUACUUCUCUCAACUUGUGCUGCAAUGGGUUCUCUUCGUCCUUGACAAAAGCUAUUUCAAAUCUCACUUCUCUGAAAAGCUUUGAUGUGAGCCAGAAUUUCUUUAUUGGUAAGUUUCCUAUUGGUUUUGGAAGAGCAGCUGGUCUAACUUUGCUAAAUGCGUCGAGCAAUAAUUUCUCAGGAUUUAUUCCUGAGGAUAUUGGGGAUGCGAUUUUGCUCGAGACUCUUGACCUUAGAGGGAGUUUCUUCGAAGGUUCUAUUCCAAAAUCUUUCAAGAACUUGCACAAGUUGAAGUUUCUUGGCCUUUCUGGGAAUAAUCUCACCGGCCAAAUACCAGCAGAGCUGGGGCAGCUUUCAUCAUUGGAGAGAAUAAUAAUUGGAUACAAUGAAUUUGAAGGUAGGAUUCCAGCAGAAUUUGGAAAUUUAAGCAAUUUGAAGUAUCUUGAUUUGGCCGUUGGCAAUCUUGGUGGCGAGAUUCCAGCAGAACUGGGAAGGCUCAAGUUACUUGAGACAGUAUUCUUAUAUCAGAACAAUUUUGAAGGCAAGAUUCCUGCUGCAAUUGGCAACAUGACUUCUCUGAAACUGUUGGAUCUAUCUGAUAACGUGUUAUCAGGAGAAAUUCCAGCUGAAUUUGCUGAGCUGAAAAAUUUACAGCUCUUGAAUCUGAUGUGCAAUCAGCUGUCAGGUUCAGUUCCUGCAGGAGUUGGAGGGUUGACUCAACUACAGGUGCUUGAGCUGUGGAACAACUCACUUUCAGGUCCCUUGCCUAGUGAUCUUGGCAAGAAUUCAGCAUUGCAGUGGUUGGAUUUAUCAUCCAAUUCAUUCUCCGGCGAGAUUCCAGCAUUCUUGUGCACUGGUGGAAAUCUGACCAAGCUCAUUCUCUUCAACAAUGCCUUCUCAGGUCCAAUUCCUCUUAGCUUGUCAACAUGUCAUUCUUUAGUUCGCGUGCGUAUGCAGAACAACUUUCUUGAUGGGACAAUUCCACUAGGACUAGGCAAACUUCCAAAACUUGAAAGGUUAGAAGUGGCUAACAAUAGCCUUACUGGUCAAAUCCCAAAUGAUCUUGCUACUUCUUCAUCGCUUUCUUUCAUUGAUCUCUCUAAAAACCACCUUACAUCUUCUCUUCCUUCCACUAUACUUGCAAUUCCAAAUCUGCAAAACUUUAUGGCCUCAAGUAAUAACUUAGAAGGUGAAAUUCCAGAUCAGUUCCAAGACUGUCCUUCACUUUCUGUGCUUGAUCUUUCUUCCAACCAUUUCUCCAGUACCAUACCAACUAGCAUAGCUUCAUGUGAGAAGUUGGUAUAUUUGAAUCUAAAGAACAAUCAAUUGAGUGGAGAAAUCCCAAAAGCAAUUGCAAAGAUGCCUACAUUGGCCAUCCUUGAUCUGUCAAACAACUCUUUAACCGGUGGAAUACCUGAGAAUUUUGGCUCUUCACCUGCGUUAGAAGUACUAAAUGUUUCACAUAACAGGCUAGAAGGUCCAGUGCCUGCAAAUGGUGUCCUAAGAACAAUCAAUCCAGAUGAUCUCAUAGGCAAUGCAGGUCUCUGCGGAGGUGUCCUGCCUCCUUGUAGCCACGAGGCACUAACUGCAUCAGAGCAGAAGGGCUUGCACAGAAAGCAUAUUAUUGCUGAAUGGAUCAUUUCAGUUUCAUUAGUUCUAGCACUUGUAAUAGGACUUAUUGGUGUUCGAUCUCUCUAUAAAAGAUGGUAUUCAAAUGGAAGUUGCUUUGAAGAAUCUUUCGAGACGGGCAAAGGAGAGUGGCCUUGGAGAUUGAUGGCAUUCCAGAGGCUCGGAUUUACCAGUGCUGACAUUCUAGCAUGUGUGAAGGAAUCAACUGUGAUUGGGAUGGGAGCAACUGGUACUGUUUACAGGGCUGAAAUACCAAGAUUAAACACAGUUGUGGCAGUUAAGAAGUUAUGGAGAUCAGGAACAGACAUUGAAACAGGAAGCAACAAUGAUUUUGUUGGAGAAGUCAAUCUCCUGGGGAAGCUAAGGCAUCGAAAUAUCGUACGGCUAUUGGGAUUUCUUCAUAAUGAUACUGAUAUGAUGAUAUUAUAUGAGUAUAUGCACAAUGGCAACCUUGGAGAAGCAUUACAUGGUAAUCAAGCAGGUAGAUUGCUUGUGGAUUGGGUUUCGCGAUACAAUAUAGCAGUUGGAGUUGCACAAGGACUGGCUUAUAUGCACCAUGAUUGUCACCCUCCAGUUAUUCAUCGUGAUGUCAAGUCGAAUAAUAUAUUGCUUGAUGCGAAUCUUGAGGCAAGAAUUGCUGAUUUUGGAUUGGCACGGAUGAUGAUUCGGAAGAAUGAGACAGUUUCCAUGGUGGCUGGAUCCUAUGGAUACAUUGCCCCAGAAUAUGGAUACACCUUGAAGGUGGAUGAGAAGAUUGACACUUACAGCUAUGGAGUAGUUCUACUCGAACUGCUCACCGGAAAACGACCACUGGACCCCGAAUUCGGAGAAUCAGUCGACAUUGUUGAAUGGAUUCGAAGAAAGAUUAGAGACAACAGACCUUUAGAAGAAGCAUUAGACAACAAUGUAGGAAACUGCAAGCAUGUUCAAGAAGAGAUGCUAUUAGUACUAAGGAUAGCACUUCUUUGUACCGCUAAGCUCCCAAAAGACAGACCAUCCAUGAGAGAUGUGAUAACAAUGCUUGGGGAGGCAAAGCCAAGAAGAAAGAGUAUAACCAGUAGUGGGUUUGAUAGUAACAAAGAGAAGCCAGUAUUCAGCACAUCACCUGUAAAUGGCCUUGUAUAGGGACAUUAAACUAAUUCCCUCUGCCAUUAAUUUUUCUUUUACAUUUCUUCUUUUGUACGUAGCCUUUGUUAAUGUUACUCUGUAAUCAUUGGUCUAAAGUGUUGUCUAGAAACUUAGUGGAUAAAUGAAAUCAUUAUUUUCAA